CGUCACCGCGUGAGGACGGCGAGGUCGUCCUUGGUUAGACUGUCGGAUUAUCCGGUUGCACGCGACGCAAUUGGUCGACGGCUCUUCCACAAGCCCCGCCUACCAGGUGGCCGUUCGAAAGUGUGUAGUCGUGUUUCCUUGCGCCGAAACGACGGGCGCUGCUUCUCAUCUAUUCUACCGGACUUUCGGCGUUCAGUUUGCAGGAGGAAAAACCACGGGAUGAGUCGCGUCGGUGCGAUAAUAUGCGACGGUUGAGAAGGAUCGGAGCAGGUGGGAAAUCGCGAACGCGCUCGAGGGUGGUUCGCCGUUAAAACAUCGUUCACGGGGUGCUACGCUGCGGCAUCGUGCCCGGGGUGGGGGGGAACCUCAGCGAUCCGCGAGUAUAGUGUGUCGACAGUCGUGAGAGCGAAAGAGAAGGAGAGCAAAGAGCAUACGGCAACUGUGCGGGAGAGGAGGAGGAGGAGGAGGUGGCGACGACGGUGGAGGUGAUGGUUUGAGCGUGGCGAGAAGGAAAAACACGUUUCGCGAAAGAACUUCUCGUCGCGUCGAGAGUUCCGGCUGAAGAUAUCCGUCAUCGGUUUUCGUCCCGCGGUGUUACGUUCCGCGCGCCGUACGGCGCGAAUAUCGCGCCGCGCGAAAAUUCGUGCGUUCAACGAGGGGUGGUGAGAAAAGAGGCGAGAAGAAAAGAGGGAGGGGGAGAGAGAGAGAGAGAGAAAAGGGAGGCUGGAACACAGAAACGCGCGCGAGUGCCGAGAGAUAGAGGAAGAGAGAAAAAGAAGAAGAGAGAGAGACACACACAGAGAGAGAAAGAGAGAGAGAGAGAGAACGCGCGUUAUCGUCGUGCGCUGCUUCACGGCGUUGCUCGAGUAGCCAGACGAGCGGAGGACGUCAGCUGUGUGGUGCGCCGAGGGGACGGCGAGUCGUGCGCGCGGGUUGGAGCAAGACGGUGCGGCGCGAGCGAGCGAGCGAGCGAGACAGUGAGAAGCCGCACACGGCGAAAUGGGAGACGAAGAAAUGGCGCUGGUGCCAGAUGUCCAGUAUGGUUUGUCGUCGCACGGCAAUUUCGACGAGCGGAAAUCCCUGAUAUUCGUCAAGCUCACCGACUCGUCGCAACGUGCCAUCCAGGAGUACCUCAAGAUUAAGCAUAAGAUUGGCGAAAAACCUAAUAUACAGUUCCUAGGAAAUGAAGGGCGUCUCAGCAUUCCAGCCAUCAACGGAGUGGCCAGAUUCACCUUCAGCAUCUCCAGCAGCCAGGACAUGGAGGGUUCCCAGGGUGGUUUCGAGCUUGCCCAACAGACCGGUCCUAAAAGCCUCGAGAGCCUCGGCGCUAUACCGUACAAGAUGCGGAUACAGGCAAACGAUGACGUUUACGAGACCACCAGGCACAGAAUGGCGGUCGUCGAGGAGAAUAACAAGAACAAAUGCACGAGGGUGAUCAAGGCGAAUGGUCCAGAUAUCGGACGCAAGGUGAAAGUGAAAGGAACCGGAAGAACAAUACCUCCUCCGUCAUCAUCGUAUGCAAGGCAUCGGGAAUCUACGAUGAGCAUUCCAACUUCCGGCAAUAGUCAGCCCAAAGUCUCAACCAACAAGCCGAUCGCUAAUAGUAGUAGUAAUAGUAAUAGUAGUAACCAUCUAUCGGCGGCUCACAAUCAGGAGAAAAAACCAGUUUCUGACAUUAUGCGCAGGCCACUUAAGGAAAGUUACGAACGCAUCAAAAAAGAGGGUUUGAGAGAACGAGAGCGACCCGUCAUGCAGACGCUUCUAAAGCAAGUAGCUUACAUGCGUGACAACACGUAUCAUCUGUACAGGCACAUCUGGAACGAUGUGCAGGAGGAUUGGCCUUUCUACACCGAGCAGGAAAAGACAAUGUUGAGGAGGCGGAAACCUCAAAAUCUUACUCCACCCGGCUCGAGCGACGGCGGUUCCAGCGGCAGUGGUCAAUCACCCAAUUCCAUUCAUGCGGGCUCACCGCCGGCGAUCUCGGCACCCCCGCCCAAUUUGGUUAGCAACAAAAGACCAGGAUACUAUCAGGGUAACGACGGGCUACCAACGAAGAAGCCGCGGAUAUCGCAUUAUAAGAGACCUGAGCCUAUCUCCUUCAUCCCCGCUGGCGAAAGGCUAUCAGGCAGCAGCAGUUAUAGUAAUAAUAAUAAUAGUGGUGUUAGUGCAACCGCUGGUGGCGACCGUAUCGUCGAUCGUACCACCGGUGUUAAUAGUGGUUGUGGUAACAGCAAUAGUGGUGAUGGUAGUAACAGUAACAACGGCGGUAGCGGUUUCGAUGGUUGGGAAUCGAGGCAGCAAUUGCAGCGUGAACGCAGCAGCAGCAACCGCGUCGAUUACCGGGCCGAAAGGACAGCAAACAGUGAUGUACUACGGAGUACUGGAAACGUCUAUAGUGAAGUCUCCGCUAUCACCACAAUUCCACCAGACUCCAAUCGAUCAUUGUGCUUGACACCGUUGUCGCCUGAUGAUAGUGAAAGGGGCAACCAUCAUCCGAAUGGGGAUAGACACGACGGCGGUAUCAUUAUAGCCAAUGAAAUUGCGAGCAACGUGAUCGACCACACCGACAGGAGAGACAGGAGCGAUAGGAGUCGAGGCGCGAGAGAAGAGAGAAACAGAGAGAGAGAAUCCAGGAAUAGGAGUAGUACUGCCAGUUAUGCAGGUAUCUACGGUGAAACCUCUAGCGCUCCUACUUAUGCCGAUAAUGCCAUUGGUAUCGCUACGAUCUCGCUGCCGACUGAUGGAUUCGAAAGGCUGGGAAGCACCGGGCAAUAUCUCGACUACCGCACGGAAUAUACAACAAUAAGCAACCCGGAACAGAAAAGGCGUUACAAAGAAGAGUUCAACCUGAACUAUGAUGAAUAUCGUAGGUUGCACUCUCAAGUACUCGUAACCGCAAAUCGCUUCACACAUUUGUAUACACUAUUGCAAGAUCAAAAGAAAUCGGGCAACAUGAUCGAGAGUGAGGAAACUAAAGAACAGAUAUAUCGCGAGUACAAAGAGACUAAACAGAAUCCAGUAUACCGGCAGAUGAAGGAACGGUUUGACUAUCUGCACAAUAAGCUGAGCCAUAUAAAACGACUGAUCUUAGAGUACGACAGUGAGAACGCCGCCGGCAGAAUGUCGAUUCCAAAUACCAUUGAUAACGGUAUAAUUAGUAACUCCAUGAACAUCGGCAGCAACAACAUCGGGGGUAUCGAUCAUCGGCAUUACUGACAUAAACUGAAAAGACCGCCUCUUAUUCCUCCCCUCUUCCUCGAUACUGUCAACGUUGCCGUAGGAUCUGCAUUUUCCCGGCAUGUUCUAAGGCUGAUCUUUCACGGUCCAUAUGGUUCCUGUGUUCUAUCGCCGGAAAGUCAAGUGACUCGAAAUGGCUCGAUGCAAGAUCUCGUGUACAAUAUUUGUCAUAAAACAUGUUGUAAUGAUGAAUAUACAUCGUACGCGAAAUACUCUUCCUGCAAAUCUUCCCCACGUCUCCGUUGCAAGAGUCGUCGAUCGCGACAAUUUCCACGACGGCGACGAUCUCGCCGACUCUCGUCAUCACGGUAAGGCUCGCGCGUCAACUUCGAUCAAUACUAAUACUUGCAUGAAAGCUGUUGACAAUCGAGUACAUUCAAGAGAUAGAUAAACAAGAAAGAUAUCCAUUCGGAAUAGAAAAAUGGAAAUAAGGGCAUUCUGAUGAUCAGCGAACAUAAAAUUGUGGCGGGGACGUACGGAGAUUUAAAGCUGGUCCUGUAACGACUGAGGAAGACAUUGUAGAAAAUCGAAGAGAGAAGAGGCGCAACGGGAAAGAAGUAGUUAAACUCUGUAAUAAGUUACUUACCGUGCGCACGUCCAAGUGUGUCGUCCACUUUUAAGAGUACGUAAAUAAAAAAAAGAAAAAAAAAUGAUAUGAUUGUGAGAAGAGGGUCCAAGAGAUAAUAAGGCUUACCGCGUGCCACGUCCGGGUUUCUUUUUGUCCGCCGGAAGGAGGAAAGAAAACUGGCUCGCAAAACACUUAUAACAUAUACAUGUAUACUCUUUAUCCAUGAGCUGGCACGAAUCUCUCGCUCGCGAUUCGUGCGUUGCUCAUCGCAACUUGAGAAAGGGCUUGAAAAAAAAAAAAGAAAAACGGGUUACCUUCCUAUAUGUGAGAGAGAGACCAUAGUACUUCGUGAAUUUAAGAUUCUUUGUUACUUCUUCGUUCUUUUGUGCCUUCGCUGAUAUGUUCUAUGAUAAUGUAUUGAUUAUAUCUGAUAGGUAUGGUCGGUUGACAAGAAAAAAAAACGAGACGAUAAACAGCCUUAAGGAAAAAGAAAAGGAAAGCAAAAGAAAUUUAAUGGCCGCGUAAAUUAACAACU